AUGGCGCCUGGCGAGGCGGAUCGUCUACUCGAAGCUCAACUCAAGAAGUGGCGUGACGGAAUUUCUGUCCUGGGCGACAAGUCCACUCGUCUACCGACCCAUCGUGGCGCUACGGUAGAAGCGCUCGUUCGGGUUGAAAACGUCCUAUUGGACACGGGUGCCGACGUAAACGUGGUUACGCGCGGCGUCGUGGACGUGUUGGCUGUGAAGGGCGCGAGCGUGACGGUCACGGAGCAUGAAACGGCUCGGCUGGUCUACCCGUAUGGCGUCAAGGCAGAGCCGCUGCGGAUGAAGCGAAGC